AUGCUUCCUGUUUCUUUAAAGGCGCUCGCGGCUCGGGCGGCCGGGGCUGGGGAGGCGGUGGCGGCGGGAGCUGCCUCCUCUCCGGGCGGCGGCGCUGACUGAUCUCGCGAACUGGGCUUCUGUGUAAACUGAGGCUAAACAAACACAGAUGGAGCGCAGCGGGCGUUCUCCAGAAAUGCUGGCAAGGCGGCAGCGACUUCAGAUGACACUCUGAGCGCUCCGGGAACCGACAGCCCGGCGGCUUCGCGAAGCCGGCGGCGCAGCUGCCCCGGGCGAGGGGGAGAAAGGGAGAGGAGAGGGAGGGGAGGGCGGGCGAAGGGGGAGAGCGAGACUCCUCGGCGCUGAGCGCGGCGGCGGCCCGGGCAGCCCCACGCUCCUGCCUCGCGCGCCGCCCGCGCCAUGAAGCACAUCCCGGUCCUCGAGGACGGGCCGUGGAAGACCGUGUGCGUGAAGGAGCUGAACGGCCUCAAGAAGCUCAAGCGGAAAGGCAAGGAGCCGGCGCGGCGCGCGAACGGCUAUAAAACUUUCCGAUUGGACUUGGAAGCGCCCGAGCCCCGCGCAGUCGCCACCAACGGGCUGCGGGACAGGACCCAUCGGCUGCAGCCGGUCCCGGUCCCGGUGCCGGUGCCAGCCCCAGUGGCCCCGGCCGUUCCCCCAAGAGGGGGCGCGGACACGGCCCGGGAGCGCGGGAGCUCCCGGGUGCCCCAGGUCUCCGACGCGCGGAAACGCGGCUUCGCCCUGGGCGCAGUGGGGCCAGGACUCCCCACGCCGCCGCCGCCGCCGCCGCCGCCGCCGCCGCCGCCACCACCGCCGCCGCCGCCGCCUCCUGCGCCCCAGAGCCAGGCUCCUGGGGGCCCAGAGGCACAGCCUUUCCGGGAGCCGGGUCUGCGUCCUCGCAUCUUGCUGUGCGCACCGCCCGCGCGCCCCGCGCUGUCAGCGCCCCCAGCGCCGCAAGCGCCCCCGGAGUCCACUGUGCGCCCAGCGCCCCCAACGCGCCCGGGGGAAAGUUCCUACUCGUCAAUUUCACACGUAAUUUACAAUAACCACCCGGAUUCCUCCGCGUCGCCUAGGAAACGACCGGGAGAAGCGACUGCCGCCUCCUCCGAGAUCAAAGCCCUGCAGCAGACCCGGAGGCUCCUGGCUAACGCCAGGGAGCGGACGAGGGUGCACACCAUCAGCGCAGCCUUCGAGGCACUCAGGAAGCAGGUGCCGUGCUACUCGUAUGGGCAGAAGCUGUCCAAACUGGCCAUCCUGAGGAUCGCCUGUAACUACAUCCUCUCCCUGGCUCGGCUGGCUGACCUCGACUACAGUGCCGACCACAGCAACCUCAGCUUCUCCGAGUGUGUGCAGCGCUGCACCCGCACCCUGCAGGCCGAGGGACGUGCCAAGAAGCGCAAGGAGCUUUCAUCGAUCUGCUCCAGCCAUGCCAUUUUACAGAUGAGGACACUGAGGCCUAGAGAAGUCAAGUGACUUGUUUGAGGUCACCCAGCUGGCAGGAGUGACUGGCUGCGGGCGAGACCAAGGCCACCACUGUGGGCCUUCCUUCCAGUCAGGCCUGAGGACAAGGUGAGCUCGCUGAGUCCAGCCUCGUGGUCUUCUCCAAGAUGCCGCCAGACGCCCGGCCUACAGCCUCUCAGGGUCGGAUCGGAGCACGUCUGCCUCCCUCUCCCCUCCGCCCUCACCCAGCCACUCCGAGGCUGCUUCGCACUUUGCCCUCUGCCUGGUGGGGAGGGGAGAGCUCAGUCCCCCACUCACUCAGAGCCCAAGGCCCACUGUCCAGCUGCAGAAAUUCGUUGCCAAAGAUUCGACAGAGACACCGAAGGAAAUGGGGUGAUGAAACCCCACGGCGAAAAGCCACACCGUUGCUCUGUGACUUUUGCUCCUCCUGUUGCCUGAGCCCCAUCUCAAGCCGAAGAUGGGUAAGCGGUUCUGCCAGGAGCUCAUGGAAGGGAUGGGCAUUUGAUGAGCCCUGGGGCACCGGGCCCUCUGACCUGGUGCUCUCUUUCCACCAGGCCUUGCACUGACUGAGUGCAAGACAAGUCUUAGGGGCUGUGAGAGGGAGGCUGGGGUGCCUGGGCAGGGCCAGGAGUGGGGCCUGAGUUCCCUGCCCACUGUUUCCCCUUCAUUGGCUGCCCAGGCCGCUGGCCCCAGUUCUCAGUGUCCCCUGGGUCCAGGCUCCUUGGGCCCUGAGCAUCACCAGAAGGGAGUAAGCAGGGAGAGAAGCAAUACUACUCCCUCCCCUACACCAGGGACUUGCACCAGGGCAGCUACCUACGGGUCUUUGCUCCCCUAGCCAGCCUUCCCUCACCGUGACCCAUCCCAGGCAGCCAGCACCAUGAGCGGGCCCUGCCAUGGACAGAAAGAGUUUUUCUCUUGUUUACCCUGCCCGUGGCCUGAGGAAGGACUAGAGGCUGGGUUGGCUGGAGCCGUCCUACUGGGCAAGAUGGAGCCCCACUUGGAGGACGGUGGUCUGUUACAGGGUGUGCAGGGGCAGAGGAGGAAGGGACCAGGGGACUGGGCCAGCAGGGGGGCGUGUUCAAAGCCAAGGCCUGCCCCUUCCUUGUGCUCAAAUGGCCAGAGCUGUUCACGUCUGUGCUCAACCAUCUGCUUCAAAUUGAAGUAAAAGCCCUAAGAUGUCAAGAAAAUACUUGUGUCGAGUGGACUCUGUGGGUGACCAGGACUUUGGCUGGUCAUCGGCUGGGGAGUGUGAGUGAGGGGUCGGUCUCUAGCGACAGGUUGAGAGCCCUUCAGGAGCAAGUGCUGUGUGGGUGAGAGUGUGUGUGUCUGUGUGUGGAAGGGGGUGAAGGGUGGUUCUCACAGUAGUCUUAGCCUGGACUAGUGACCAGGAGGCCUGGUCAGGAACACAUGAGGAGCCCUCUCUGUCCACACUGCACUCAUUCUGCACCAUGUAUUUAUGAGGUGGGAGCCCCUAUUAUUAACCCCAUUUCACAGAUGAGAAAACUGAGGCCCCAAGGAGACAGGGCCAGUUGGCGACAGAGCCAGUUGUUGAAUCAGGAUGGCCUCACUUCAAAUCCUGUGCUCUCAAACCUUUUCCAGCCCCAUCACCAGUCCCAGCCCAAAGUCCUGUGUGGCCUUGUCACAUUGCUUCACCUCAGUGGGCCUAAGGUAGGGACAAUAAAGGCCCACUGGGACCGGGAGAAGGGGUGAUAAGAUAAAAAAUAGGAGAGCACUAUCCAGGCAGAAGGGACAGGGCUGGCCAAGGAAAGGGGGAUAAGAGGGGACCAGAGGCUGCAGCCAUGCAGGACACAGUUUGUCCCUUGGUUUCACCAGUGUCACUUUCUCGUCUGUGCUGCCUGACUCCUGGGCUGGGCUGGGGCAGGCUGCAGGGAGCCCCCCUUGCAGUAGUGUUUCUCAGGCUGGCCCUUUACCGAGGACCGUAGUGUCCAUGCUGUCCUGGAUCCCUGGACUGGCACAGAAACAGGGGACCCCGGUGGCCCUGAGCACUCCUCAGAGCAAAGGUGCUCUGGAUGCAGACUGGACAGAGUGGGCAUGGAAUGGGGCCAGGAGGGUCCGUUAGGAAGGUUCAGUCACCUUGUGACCUGGCACAGAUAACAGCACCGCUCUGUUUUCCCUCGGAGCCUCUGAGUAACCCUGACGGUACUUCCUAAGGAAGCAGGACAUGUGGACCGACCAGCAUCUAACUGUUGACAUAGAGGACGCUUUCUAUUACUAAAGGGAGUGUACUCCAUUCUGCUGCCAAGGGAGCAGACUCAUGGCCUUACCACCCAGAAACAGCCCGUCCUCCACCUCCCAUCCCCGUCCUGCAUACAUACUUCAUUACAUACUUCCCUUGCAUUCUGAAGCGUCAUUGAUGACCAGCUGCCUGUCAGACACUAAGACAGGCAGGGGGAAUGAAGAGAUGGAUCUAGUGUAGUGCGUGGCAUCAUGGAGCUCCGGGUUCUGUACGGAGGGUGGGACAGACAGGUAGACAAGCAAAUAAUUAUGAUUACAUUCGAAUGACUAAGGUGUUGUUGGGAGCUUCAGGAAAGGAAGAACUAACUCCUGGGGAGGUUCUCAGGAAGGAUUUUCCUGGAAAGUAGCCAUGGGACUUGGAUCUUAAAGGGUGAGUAGAAGCUUUCUGAGCAGGGGAGUAGGAGAAGGGCUUUCUAGGCAGAGGAGCACUCACGCUGGCAGGAAAUUGGAAUCGCCAAAGGAGAUUAUUACAUAUUGAUAUGAAGUAUUGAUGCCCAAUUUCAUCUCCAGAAAUUCUGAGGUAUUGGUCUAGGGUAUGGCCUGGUCAUUGGGAUUUUUACAAGCUCCUCAAGUGAUCUUAAUGUGCAGGCAAGGUUGAAGCUGCUGGUCUAAGUGAGGUCUGGUCUACGAAAAGAAAGUGACUUCGAGCCAUGGAUUUGGGAGACAGGCUGUGGGUGAAUGCAUGUGUGUGUACACAUAUGUAUGUAUGUGGAUGACUAAAUGCAUGCUCUCCUCUCCUUUCCCAGCUUCCUCUCCAGCACAGCAACUUGUGUUCAUACGCACACACACGCACACUCCCUCUCAUGGACACAUGCACACCCACACACACACUCGUGUACAUUUCCAGAAAAUGGAAUUCUAUUUCAGAUAGAUUCAGAUUCCACCAGCAAUCUUCUAAACAGUUUUAUGCAGGCAGCCAUUCAAGAAAACCCUCAGCAAAAUAUAAAUGAGGAGGAGCUGCCCUCAUGGGGCCUGUGAAAGCGCUUUGCAGUCCAGCCUCUGGUUUGUGGUCACAGGGUCACCUGCACACUCUCCUUGCCUUGUCUGCUCUGAGUCACCAGGCAUAGGCCUUAAAGGGAUGAGGGGACCCUCUCCAGGGGCCCGAAAGAUCUUCAUGGGUGUGUCUGCAUGAAGCCCCACGUGUGCACACCCAUCUUCAUGCGUGUGUGCCAGCCUCCUGCUCUCUGCAAGACAAAACCAGAAAGAAUGGCUCUGAGAAUUGGGGAUCUCAGCUCACAGGCCAAGCUUUGCAAGACUCUCCAAAGACUGCCCACAGACUGUGCUGCUUCCUGGGUCUGGCUUGAGACUAUCCCAGAAGAGAGGGUUAAGUUCUGGAGAUGAGGUUUUGAGCAAGUGUCCAUCUCCCCACACCAUGCUCCUUCCUGUCUCCAUGGCCACAUCCUUCAAGGCUCUGUGCUGUUCUCUUUUUUUCUGGAUUUCUCCACCUCCACCAAAUUCCCCUUUCUCACAGCUAGCGGAGGCAUGAGUAGGCAGGUCCCAGGGGCCGGGAACUGGGUAGCAUUGCCAUGUGCAGGUACAAACAGAACUCUGCUCAAGAGCUUGCCGGUGAGCCUAGAUAGAGGCACAGGUGCAGCUAAUUAGGAUAAGACAGGGGCUGCGCUGUGGUCAGCCAUGGGAAGCCGGCUAGGGGGCUGGAGUUGGGGUUACACCUGCAUCCCUCCUAUGCUGCUUCCUGAGCCAUGAAGUGGUCACUGCCAGCCGUCCAGGCAACAAACAGCAAGACUCAGACAUCUUCAAGGACACCCUUCGAGUGGAUUUGUACCGUCGUCGUUCUCUUCUUGCCCUCUUGCUGCCCUGCCACCUUCACAGCUGCUUUCUGUUUCCUGGUUCCAGGAAGACAGUGGGGCACAGGGUCCCUGCUUUGUGGGGAGGGGCUGGCUUCACCCUUUGCCCCCGGGUUUUGCUGUCCCACGUGUCUCCCUUCUGGUGACCCAGACCCCAGACAAAUUAUGCCUACCUCCCUGAAGCCAGGCACCCCGAGGAACUUGGACAAACAAUGACAGUGUUUUCCAGAACUGUGGGUAUGUGUCUAAUCUCAGGUGGUACUAUAAAUUCCUGGAGAGUAAAGUUUGGAUCUAAUUCAACCCCCAAUCCUUGAAAGGGCCUUCUUGCUAAGUGUAUAUAUUGGUUUCUUUGCUGAAUGAAUGAAUAAAACAUGGAAAAUGUGGUAAUUCA